AUGGAUAAAAUUACCAUUUAAAAUCUUAAAUGCAAUAAGCAUCCAAAUAAAAACCUUCAAUUUAUUUAAGUAAAUGAUGUUCUAACACAACCUAUUUCAACUAAACCUCUCUUUUACUGCUCUUCCUGUUUUAAUCACGAUCUUCAAUUUAAAUCUAUCAACUAUCUUAUGAUUGACUAGAUUUUUUAAGAAGCAGACACUAACAUCACCCCAAAAUGGCCGCCAGUCAACAACUAUCAAAUCAUCUAAGAUCUCAUCGAUCUUACAUCAAAUUAAUCUUCACUUGACUAUGUCAAGCAAAUUACAGAUUUCUUUCAUCAAUUCAAAGAAGAAUUUUUAAAUAAAAUAGAUGUCAUCUAAAAAAAGAUGAUCAAUGAAGCCUUGAAAUAUCCUAUUGAUACAUAGCAAAUCAUCAAAAGAUAUUAAGAAAUUUCAAAUAUUCUUUAGUUUAAGUAGCUUCUUAAUAACGAAUAAUCAAAUAACCUCCAAGAUCAUUCAACUCUCUGUAAACAAUUUAUCUCACAAAUGGAGUCUCAAAAAGAUAAAAAUACUGAAUUAUUGUAAAAUCUCCUUACCUAAGCAAAUUAAUUGAGAACUAAUUUCAAUAUGGAAUAUCCUCAAAUCAUUAAAUAGUAAUUACUUACUUUUAUUGACCAAAUUUCUUUCUUCAAUUUAGAUAUUCCUGAAGUUAAUAGCACAAAUCAUAAUAAUACUAGAAAUCAUAUCGAAGCUAAUAUUACAAACCAAAAUAAUUAUAAUGUAGAUUUAAAACUAACAUCUGACUUAAUCAUGAAGCUUGUUUCUAAUAAAUCAAACUUUUGUUCUGAUUAAUUCUUAAGUAAGCUAAGUGAGAAUCUUUAAAGUAUAAACCCUCUACUUAAGUAGUUUACUUUCAAAGCAGCCGUUUUCAAGGAGAAUAAAGAAUAAAUUGACUUUUCCUAAAUUAGCGAGGAAAAAAUAAAUUUGAUAGAAGAAUAUGUUAAGCAUUCAAUAGCUUUGUCGAGAGGGGAAUAGUAAUUUGUAUAGGAAUUAAAGGAUAGUUUAGAAAUAAAAUAAAUGACAUAAAUUGUAGAUUCUAAAAUGAUUUUCUUGAGGUAAGAGUUCAUUUAAUAGUUUGAAAAGUUCUUAGUUGAUGUAAAACCUUUCUUAAAAUAGAUUAAUUUCACUAAUAGUUUUAUUGACAAAAAUAAAUUUGAUUUCUACAGAAAUUUGAAUGAUAAAAGGUUUUAUUAUGCUUUAUAUGAGGAAAGUUUACCCAAUUUAGAUUUAAAAUUCUUUGUGACUUAGCGAAAUAAUGGGUAGAGAGAUUGUGUGGUAAAUAAAAAAGAAAGUGGUUAUUAUGAAAUUGAAAAAUUAAAUAAUAGUGAUUAUUAUGUGAAUUGUAUAUCAAAUUCAAAUUUAUAAAAAGAUUAGAAAUAUAUUUUUAGGAUAAAGGUUGAAAGUCUAAAUGAAGGCCAUGAUUUUAUGAUAGGUCUAAUGAGAAAUUCAAACGCUAAUUUUAAUUGUGGAUUUUAAGAGUUAUUAAGCUGUGGCUUAAAGAAAAAUAAUUAAUCUGUAAUUAAAUUUUAUAAUUAUGGUAUUGAUAAAUAAUUAAAGGGAGCAGAAUUUAAAACAAGUGGAGAGAAUAUGAUAGAACUCAGAUUGUGUUUGAAAGAAUAGAUUUUAGAAGUGUUAGAUUAUCCUAAUUACGAGUGUAAGCUAGGAUUACAGGAUUAAUAUAAACAGAAACUAACAUAAUUUGAUGAUCUAAGAUUGUAUCUUGGAAUUUGCAGUUAAGGAAGCAAAUAUAUUUUAAUGGAUGUAAAAAUAGUGAAUGAUUUUAUAAACUGA